AUGGAGAAUAGCACAGAAGUAACAGAGUUCAUCCUGUUGGGAUUAACAGAUGACCCCAAUCUUCAGAUUCCCCUCUUCCUGAUAUUUUUAUUCAUCUAUUUCAUCACUCUGGUUGGGAACGGAGGGAUGAUGUUGAUCAUCCUCUCUGACUCCCACCUCCACACUCCAAUGUACUUCUUCCUCAGUAACCUCUCCUUUGUAGACUUGGGUUACUCAUCAGCUGUAGCUCCCAAGAUGGUGGCUGCAUUGCAGUCAGGGAAUAAAGUUAUCUCUUACAAUGGAUGUGCUGCUCAGUUCUUCUUCUUUGCAGGUUUUGCCACCAAUGAGUGCUUUGCUUCCAUGGCCUAUGAUCGCCAUGCGGCAAUCUGUAGGCCUCUUCAUUACACCACCACCAUGACAGCAGGUGUGUGUGCCCUCCUGACUAUUGGCUCUUAUAUCUGUAGCUUCCUCAAUGCCUCCAUCCAGACAGCAGGUGCCUUCAGACUCUCCUUCUGUGGAUCUAAUGAGAUACAUCAUUUUUUCUGUGACAUGCCAGCACUACUGGUCCUCUCGUGCUCCGACACACACAUCAGCAAUUUGGUUAUCUCCUUUGUGGUGGGCUUCAAUGUGUUUUUCACGCUCCUGGUCAUCCUCAUCUCUUACCUCUUCAUAUACAUUGCCAUUCGAAGGAUACGUUCAGCUGAAGGACGGAAGAAAGCCUUCUCCACCUGUGCUUCCCACUUCACUGCAGUCUCCAUCUUCUAUGGCUCAGUCAUCUUCAUGUACUUGCUGCCCAGCUCCAGUCAGUCCAUGGAUACAGACAAAAUAGCAUCUGUGUUUUACACUGUGGUGAUUCCCAUGCUGAACCCCUUGAUCUACAGCCUUAGGAACAAAGAAGUGAAAAGUGCUGCCUGGAAAAUACUCAACAAAUUCUACCUCCAAUCUUUGAGUAGGAAGUAG